AUGGCUCCCACUCCAGCAGUGCAAUUUGAAGCUGGUGCCCUAGUGUCCACACCAUCCCAACUUCAAAGAAAUUCGGCAACCAAAAGAGACAAAACUGUCGUGGCUGCCUAUCCAAUAAGCAUAAAGUUUUCAACGGAUAUUCCAGAAUACACAGAGUGCAUCCUUGAGAACUUUUCUGAAGAAGAUCUGCACCUGGAUGACCGUAUCAUUUGGGAAGGGUCUAAGUCUAAACAUUUCCCAACAGAAAUUCCAAAAGGAGAGAUGCGUGAGUUUAAGCACGAAGCAGAUUUUGGAUGUCCAGUUGUUGGUUCAGUUGUCGGUCUUGAGUACGUAUUCGGAGAAGGAAAUAAGUAUAAGUGGAUAAUUGCCUGGAGCAAUUCAAAAAAUGAACUCAACAAGGUUUAUACUGAGAUCAUUGAAGACGAAGUUGCUGAUUGGGAUAAAAUCAAACUCAGUCUUGAGAAAUCUGGGCAACACUCUGUAGCUGAGAAACAUCAGUUCUUGUCAGAAAUUGUAAUUGAUCCAACCAGCGCUACGCCAACAAUGAAGGCAACAUUUAAGCUGCUUUUGCUUGUCGAUGAUAAGCCAACGUCAACGUCAAAAGCGUAGGCUGGCUUUGCUUGCUGAUCAAACCGUGGUCAUAAGGCUAUCAAAAUGAAUAAAAAUGUGGUCGGUGCAUCAUGCGUUCACCACUACUACUAGUAGAAUAAAUUUGACAGCCAGUAGAGUAUUUUAGUUAUGUACGUGUUUAAUUAUUGUGUGGUUUUUAUAUGUAAUAUUUCAGAGUAUCCUCAAAUUUAGGCCUUUAAACUUAUGCCAUGGCUAUGUCUA